CGAAGCGAGACGGCCGAGGUCGAACAAGAAGAAGACGCCUGUUUUCAUGAUGCUUAACAUCGUCCCCUUUUUUCCCCUAAACCCAACUCAGCCUGAUACCAACUCAUCAACCAAGUACUCUCGCCCCUCAGAUUUAACAUUUAACCUCACGUCUCGUUUGAAACUGCCUCCUUUCAAACCAACCAACCUGAUCAGCAACCAUGAAUUGUCAAUUGGAAACACUCCCAAUUCCAAAUUUGUCUGGUUGGUGGGUCGGCCGCGGUCGUUUCAAGCUGGUCGAGUUGAUUGGCUACGGCUCCUCCGGAACCGUCUAUCGCGCUCUCGACACUCAGUCAGACCCAUGGAAUCCUGUAUACUAUGCCAUCAAGUGCUUGCGAAACAAAGAGCUCUGCCGAGAUGGUCUCAUGUGGCAGAAACGAGAAAUAGCAUGCCACUCCGUGGUAUCUAGAUCAUCGUCGCCGAAUAUCUGCAAACUUCACCAAAUCAUCGAGGAAGGACUAUACAUGUACUGCGUACUCGACUACUGCCCUGGUGGGGACCUCUUUACCGCCAUUCGGUCGCGAACGUACGAGGGCAAUGUCCCGCUCAUCAAGAAAGCCUUCAUCGAGCUUCUCGAUGGCGUAUUUGCCUGUCAUACCGCCGGCGUAUAUCACCGCGACUUGAAACCAGAGAACAUUCUCUGUGCUGAGUCUGGGUCGGGCAUCCGUAUUGCAGAUUUUGGGCUGGCGACAACAAAACUUGUCAAUAGGGAAUUCAACGUAGGCAGUCGGGAUUUCAUGAGUCCUGAAUGUCAUUAUGAGAUGGGCAGCCCUCAUUACUCGCCGCUUCACUCUGACAUUUGGUCGUUGGGAGUUAUUCUUGUAACCAUGGUCUCAGGUCGCUCUCCUUGGGGCCCUGCAAUACUUUCGGAUCCAAACUUCCGGAAAUAUACCGAAAACCCUGACUUCCUUCUCGAUGUCCUACCAAUUUCGAGGUCUUUCAACGAAAUCCUCAAGCAAAUAUUCCACCUACGAGAAUCUGCACGAAUCAGUCUUCCGAGGCUCAGAGAAGAAAUUCUAAGGCUUGACACCUUCUACCCCAGCGAAGCCGAGCUCAACAACGACUCAGAGAACGCACGAGAAGCCAUUCACAAUUACGCAAGGCGCGUCGCACUGUUGACUAAUCAGAUUUUCCAUAUGCCUGGCUAUCAAGUUAAUGACUGGCCAUUCGGCCCUUUCGGAGCCCCCCAGCCUCAGUGUGCUUACCGCGGUUCCGCGCCAGCAGUUCAACAGCCUAUCAACGCUGCGGGAAUUGACAGGACGCCCUCACAUCUUUGCAUUUACGAUGACGGUCGACCUUGUUCACGGGCUCGCCUAUCGCGCUGCUCUUCUUCUGGGGACGAAGGACCCAUUACUCCAGAAACUCGCCCCUAUGAGCCUAUGAUAGACCCGUCCGACAUGCCUGGCCAGAAAGGGGCUGUGUACCAUUCUCUACCUCCUCCCUCAUAUCAUCCAAGCUGUCUUUGCGAAAUUUGCCUGCCAUCAUUAUCCCCGAAAAUUGGAACGAAUUUUUUCGUUACGAAGAUUAUGGACACUGGAGGAGUUGUGCAGGCUGUCUCGACGUUCUAAGCCUUAUAGUGGGAG